CGCAAGCCAGUGACGUUCUGCGCAUGCUCACGACGAACCAGAGAGCUGCAAGCAAAAAGUACAAGAGACAAAGGGAAUAAACAACUCAAGGAGUGGAGGUGAAAACAUCGAUCCAGGGGAACUUAGAGAAACAUCCCAUACUCAGAUAUAUCACAAGUACACAAUGCUUCUUUCUGCAUGACGGCAAUUCUCACAGGGUUUAUUGUGGCAGUUGUCCACCCUACCAGGAUUCUUUAUUGCUGACCCAUUGUCUUCGUUCCUGAUGUCAUUCAAAAUGGGAAGAACUGCUUCAUCCUAGUGGUUAUUAUGGUGCUCGGCAAGUCUUGGUGCAAUAAAGUGAAUGCAAAACGUGGAUGCAAGUGAAUUUGCUACUAAGAAGAUACAACAGAUUCACAGACCAAACACUUUUAACCUAAAAGGUGCCCUGGCUCACCCUGUUCCCCUGUAGCUACCUCCCCUCCCCUUGCCACUCAUCCCAAGCAUCUGCGAGGUUGCUACGGAGAUGAUAGUGGUGACAUAGCAGGAGCAGUGAUGGGGAGCACUCCAUGUUCUGGUAAGGGGAGGGGGGUAGGGGGGUUUCAGGAGCUAGGUUGUAUGCCAUGGAAGGUCAGCAAGCAAAAAGGAGCCGUCGGCGGACGCGGGUGCGAGCUGGAGGAAAGGCCAAAUGCAGGAACGCCUCACGCAUCCUCGCCAACUCCUGCCAUCUAUCACGAAAAGCAACAUAGGGAGCUGUGCGCUCUGCACGCCCUAAACAACGUCUUCCAGGAUGGAACUGCUUUUAGCAGGGAUGCACUUCAGGAAAUUUACCAAAGGCUGUCCCCUAGCACGUUGGUGACGCCCCACAAGAAAAACAUGCUGGGUAAUGGCAACUAUGAUGUGAAUGUUAUCAUGGCUGCUUUGCAGACUCGUGGAUUUGAGGCCGUUUGGUGGGACAAGAGAAGGGACGUCGGCAGCAUUGCGUUGCCGAAUGUUACCGGUUUUAUCUUAAACGUGCCAUCCAAUCUGCGUUGGGGGCCUUUGCGGCUGCCGCUCAAGCGGCAGCACUGGAUCGGAGUUCGAGAAGUGGGAGGAGUCUACUACAACUUGGACUCAAAACUACGCAGUCCUCAUCCCAUUGGGACGGAAGAUGAACUAAGGAAGUUCUUGCGUCACCAGCUUCGUGGGAAGAACUGUGAACUCCUGUUGGUCGUGCCGGAAGAGGUUGAGGUUCACCAGACGUGGCGGUCUGAAAACUGAUGAACGUUUUGGAUCAGUUUUUUCGGGGUGGUUUGUCCAGUUUAUGCGUUGAAAUGUUAGGUUCAAUCAGUUUAAAACAAAUGGAAGCACACUGGUCAGACAUGGUUUACACACACGUACAGCUGGACUCUUGCCAUGGAGACUAACGCAGCAAAGGACACACACAGGGAUAUCACAAACCUACUCAACAACACUACACUGAUCUGAGAUUUUGUUUGCUUUUUUGGGACGAUUCUGAUGCAUUUUUUUUAUAUACGUUAUUUCUUCUACUUUGUACUGUUUCUGACUUGAAACUGAGAGGUAAUGGAUUUAUUAGUGAUGUGUUUUCCCUGUGCAUCACUGUCUGACGUCACCCUCUUUCCAUGUGAUUUCCUGUGCAUCCAUGUGAUUGUUUGAACCGUCUGUCACACAUCUAAGCCUCCUCUCUCACAUGUUAAAGGUAUCCGACUGUAUUUUUAACACAAGGGUGCAUAUGUACUUAUUUAGUGCAUGUUAUUGAAAAUAUAUAGAGAAGGCACACAGUAGCCAUUUAAUGGCAUAUUGACAAAUAAGUUCCCUGUAUAUUACAGUACAGCAUGACAUCACAGUAAUUGGAUGUUUGUACUAAUUUAUUGUAUAUUACAAAAAUGAUCAAUCAUUCAUUUUUUUGCAUUGGAAAAGAUGAGCAUUGGUAGAAAAGUAAAACUGCUAAAAGCUUUAUACUGGAAAUAUGAAACGGGCUGCUGUGAGAGAGGAAGGACUCGAAUCUGAAAUUGGGUUGGUGUUUGGUUGAUUCAUCUUGACUUGAGAUCGAUAUUGGAUUUACAUGGCCUUAAAAUGUUUACAGGAGGAGCAGAUCACGCAUUCAAAAGGGAACUCUAAUAAUGCAUCUCAGGUUAUCUUCAGAUCCAGCUUGAUUCAAUUAACACCUAAACAUCACUCAUAAACAAAGAUAAACAGGUUGUAAGUGUUUAAACAGACAUUCCACAUUUCCAUAAACAGGGUGCUUUGUUACACAGUGGAGGUGGAUAAAUUCAUUUGCCAUGACAAUCUAAAUCCCCACUUCCCUUUUUAAGGGAGGUAGGGACAACAUGUGCUCAUGCCAUUGUUUUCCAUUGUUGAAAUAAAAUGCUUCUGAUGGCACUUUAUGUAUUAUGUAAAAUGUGCUGUGACAUCAUUAAAGUUGUCUUUGUAUGUACACAA